UCUCCUCUCUAUCAUACUCCUUCACUCCUUCAACAAUGUGAUUUGUUUUCUUCAAAUACAAAAAUUGGGCGUGAAUCUAGGGUUAUUGUAUGAAAAUUAGAAGAAAACAUUCGAAAUUGCAAGAUUUUUGCUGCAUAACUCUGAAAUUCGAAGUCGUAUGUUGCUGCUCCGCAAGAUUUUCAAACGAAAGGGUCGACAAGAAUUUAUGUGGUAAAAGUUCUCGAAAAGAUUCAGUUUUUAUUAGUCUUCGUGCUUGAUCCAAAAUGCAUUUCAGGGUCUGAGACUAUACUGCUCAGGUUAAGUUGGAGCAGCCCAUUGCAGGCCAAGAAAAGGAGCAAUUGGAAAUAUGCCUCGAGGUAGAGGUCGAGGUAGCGCAAGCCGUGUAGGCAAAUCUUCAGUUAGGGGUAAUUUUGCUACUCGUGAAAAUAUGCCUACUGUUCUCAUUCCCACAAUCAAUCCACAACAAGGUGGUACAAGUUCCUCAGGUGGAGCGGAUUACAUCAAUCAAGUUCAAACAUUAGGACCUAGUAGUACACCACCUAUUCAAACAUCAGGCCAUGGUAGUACCCCAACUAUUAAUUUGGAAUCAUCUCCAAAUACCCCUAAUCAGAGCAACACAAUAGGCGAGGGUACAUCUUCUCAAAGCAACAUAAUAGGCGAAACUGAGUGUAGCAGUACCCGCCGAUCGCGAACGCUUCUUACUAUUUCUCCUACAGGGUUAGAGCCUUCAUAUGAAUGCUCCGAGUUUAUAACUAAGUCAUUCAAGAAUGAACUUGAUCCUAAUGGAUUCAACUGGAAAAAUGUCUCAAAUGAGUUAAAAAAAAAUUAUUUUGGAGAAUUCAAGAAGGCUUUCUACUGGAAUUCUUUAAUUGAUAGUGCGGUGCAAAUCCAAUGGGAGCGUAGGGAAGCAAAAAGAUACAAUGAUUUUGUUAGCAAACUAAAAGCAAAUAUGGUGCAAUCGGACACUAUUCCAAAUAAUGCGUGAGAAAGUUGGUUGAGACUUUGGAAAGAUCCUAAGUGUGCUGAAAAGUCAGAAAUAAAUGCAAAAAAUCGUUGUGGUGGGAGCGAAAUUGCCACUGGGACUCAUACAAGUGGCUUUAUCAGUGUUGGGGAGCAUCGCAAG